AUGCCCACUACAUGCCCACCUGUGCGUCGUUGUGGUACUCAUGCCCCAGGAUGGAUCAAAGGACUACAUCCUUCUGUGGCAGACGGUCAAGUGACUCGGGAAGUUUGUUAUCAUUGGUCAAACAAUUGCUGUCGGUGGAAAAACAACAUCAAAGUCAAGAACUGUGGUGCCUUUUACGUGUAUGAGCUGCAAAAAACGCCUGCAUGCUCGCUUCGAUACUGUGUUGCAUCUAAUGACCCAUGCAGCAACUACAAGAGCCUCAAUGCAGCCGACCGCCUCGAAUCUUACACUGGACAAAGCCCAGUCCGAUGUGAUCAGAGAGAUAUCACCCCUGGAUGGUAUCGUUUUACUGGUGUUGCUGGUAAUCCACAGAUGCCCACUACAUGCCCACCUGUGCGUCGUUGUGGUACUCAUGCCCCAGGAUGGAUCAAAGGAAAACAUCCUUCUGUGGCAGACGGUCAAGUGACUCGGGAAGUUUGUUAUCAUUGGUCAAACAAUUGCUGUCGGUGGAAAAACAACAUUAAAGUCAAGAACUGCGGCGUCUUUUACGUUUACGAGUUGCAAAAAACGCCUGUGUGCUCGCUUCGAUACUGUGUUGCAUCUAAUGACCCAUGUAGCAGCUACAAGAGCCUCAAUGCAGCCGACCGCCUCGAAUCUUUCACUGGACAAAGCCCAGUCCGAUGUGAUCAAAGAGAUAUCACCCCUGGAUGGUAUCGCUUCACUGGUGUUUCUGGUAACCCAAAGAUGCCCACUAAUUGUCCAAGCAAGAAUCGUUGUGGUACGCAUGCUCCAGGAUGGAUAAAUGGAAAUCAUCCUUCUGUGGCAGACGGUGAAGUGACUCGUGAAGUUUGCUAUCAUUGGUCAUACAGCUGCUGUCGGUGGAGAAACUACAUUAAAGUCAAGAACUGUGGAGCCUUUUACGUGUAUGAGCUGCAAAAAACGCCUACAUGCUCACUUCGAUACUGUGUUGCAGCUUACCAGGAUCCAUGCAGCAACUACAAGACCCUCUAUGCAGCCGACCGCCUAACCUCUUACACUAGUCAAAGUUCAGUCAGGUGCGAUAAGUAUGAUAUCACUCCUGGCUGGUAUCGCUUUGUGAGUAGUUAUGGCUAUGGUUACCCAAAGAUGCCCACUCAUUGUCCAAGCAUGAAUCGUUGUCGUACGCAUGCUCCAGGAUGGAUGAAUGGAUAUCAUCCUUCUGUCGCAGACGGUGUAGUGACUCGCACAGUCUGUUAUCAUUGGUCAAACAACUGUUGUCAGUGGAAAAACAACAUUAAAGUCAAGAACUGUGGAGCGUUUUACGUGUAUGAGCUGCAAAAAACGCCUGCGUGUUACCUUCGCUACUGUGCUGAACCUUGAAUCAACCUUCGACUGGGCUCAGCUGGACUAGCGUUAAAUGAAGUUUAGUGACGCCAGCAACAGUGUGAAUGCGUUCUCGUGAAGCCUAAUAUCAGCCCUUCCACGUAGCUGGUAUUAACAAUUAGUUAUAUGUCCAGCUGAUAGAAAUAAAUCGACGUGCAAAGCA